CCGCCCUCGUGGUUUUGCCCGUCCAUGCGUUGUAGAGGCUCAAUUCCUCCUCGCUCCUCCUUUUCUGCUCCCUGAUCGGCGCUUGAAGCCCGACUUUUCCUCCGCCCGCCAUGCUGCCGCGAAGUGCCUUGCGGGCGCUGCGCACGCGGCCUGUCGUUGCAGCUCCGCGCACACUGUCCGUAGCCUCGACAUGGCAAUGGAACCGUACAUACGCCAAGGUCGGAAAGCCCAAGGACAACACAUGGAAACCAUCGGAUCCCAUCAAGUUCGCCCAAGACAGCACGGCGCGCCCCAGCCCGGCAAGCCCUUCAGAGCAGCCCGAGUUCGACACUGCCGCAGCACCAGAGAGCAACACAACCCCAUCGCAGCCCUCCAGGCCCACCGAGAGCGCCGCGCGGGCCUCAAGAGAUGCAGGAAGCGACUUCAACAUGAGCGAGCAGGCCGAGAUGUCGGGCCCCAAGUCAGCGGCCGAAAACACUGAUCCCACCACCGAGAGCCCCGAACCGCAACAGCCGCAAAAGCCUCUGCCCGAUCUGCGAUAUGGUAUUCCCUCGACGUUUGCCGAAGAGCAGGCCGAAGCCCAGGGCAAAGGAAAGCGGGAUCCAAACGACCCCAACGAGCUUUACGAAGACCCGACACCAGGCGCUGCGGGUGGCCGAGAGGGCGGCGCUGGCGGGGAGCUGCCCAAAUCUGCAUACGAGACGAGCACCGAUAGGCGGCGGAACCGCGUCGCCCACUGGUCGUAUAUUGGCAUGCUGCUGUUCGGCGCCACGGGGGCUGUCUACAUGGGCAGGAAUUGGGAAAGCGAAGAAGAGGAAGCUGCGCACCCAGACGCUCCGAAUGGCUGGACACCGGGCGGUAUGUAUGCCCGCGCAGCCGCUCGCAUCAACGGACAAAAGGCCUACUACACCGAACCUACCUUCCAGAAACUGCUCCCAGACAAGGACAAGAUUCCAGGAGGCGCUCCCGAACUGACGCUUGUCUUGAGUUUGGAGGACCUGCUGCUGCACUCAGAAUGGUCUACCAAGCACGGGUACCGAUUGGCAAAGCGGCCUGGUCUUGACUACUUCCUGCGCUACCUCAGCUCGCAGUAUGAGCUUGUCAUCUUCACCUCGGUCAAGUCCAUGGAUGCCGAUCCGAUUAUUCGCAAACUCGACCCCUUCCGCCUCGUCAUGUGGCCGCUGUUCCGCGAGGCGACUCGGUUUGAGAAGGGCGAGUACAUCAAGGAUCUUUCCUACCUUAACCGCGACCUCUCCAAGGUGAUCAUCAUCGAUACGGACCCGUCACACGUCAAGUUGCAGCCUGAGAACGCCAUAGUGUUGCCCAAGUGGAAAGGCGACCCCAACGACAAGGGUCUCAUAGCACUGAUACCCUUCCUCGAAUACCUCGCCAUGAUGAGUCAGACCGGAACGCCCGUCGACGUCCGCACUGUCCUCAAGUCCAUGGAAGGCAAAGACAUUCCCAUCGAAUAUGCACGCCGAGAAGCCAAGCUCCGCGAGCAAUUCCAGCGCGAUCUCGCCGAGCAAAAGAAGAAGAGCAGGGGCAGCGCCGGAAGCAUGUUCAUGAAGAGCCUCGGUCUCGACACACCAAAGCAAGGCAUGGUGCUAGGCGACCAAAAUAUCUCGCAGGGCAUGAACGAGGGCAAAAUGAUGAUUGACAUGUACCGCGAAUUCAACAAGCAAAACUACGUCCAUCUCGACAAGCAGAUUCGCGAAAACGGCGAGCAGUGGCUCAAGGAAAUGGCCGAGGAGGAGAAGAAGAUGCAAGAGGCUCAGCUCAAGGACAUGAAGGCCGGUGCGUUUGGCUGGUUAGGUGGCGCCGCACCGCAAACUGCUACUGUGCCUUCUGCUGCCUCGGCGCAAGAAGCUGCCGCUAGUCACAAUCAGGGUAAAUAAACUCCUUUUUGUUUGAUUGACACAUGUGCAGCCAUUUUUUGGUGUUUUGCUGUUGGGAUGAUGAAGAUACCACACACACACACACAUACAUACUCCAAAGAAAGAAGAAAGCACGUUCCACUCUACCAGGAACUCGACCCUUGUCAUGCAAGUCAUGUAAAUCACGGAAAAGCGGGGUAUUGAAUGAGGAUGAUGAAAUCUUGUACGAUAUAUACUGUAUAUUUUUUUUGAGACUACCAUAGCAGGAGAAG